CGUACUACGCCCCGUUAGGUUACAGCGUCUGUAUCUGGUGUCAUGUUUGGUGAUCCAAGCCGUUUAUAAGAUGGGCCUCAUCAUUGAUGGAGAAUUUCUAACAAUAAAAUUCUCAAAUUUGAAUACUUUAGUAUUUAACUAUUCAUUUUUUUCUGUUGAUCGUUGUUUCGUGGGUUAUUUUUAGGAUUUUCCAGUAUUAAAUAUCCUUUCAGGCAAAAUCUUUGUUUUUUUGUUAGAUCAACGGUUUGGAUCACUGAAUAUGAUCCUAAAUCCAACGGGUAUAAUCCCGAUGUCUCAUAUAACAAUACCUGGGUAUGUAGUGUACCAAAUCUCUUUGCUUUUUUGGAGGGAAAAUAAAAAAGCCAGGAUCGCCUUUCAAAAGAAAAAUUAGCAUGCUUUACGUCCUCUGCGCGAAGUCUUUCCGUACCCUUCUCUCAUCUUCUAAAGGCGCAGCUCUCAUUCAUGUCAUUCCAGCCUCGGAAACGGCUGAGAUAGCUGCCCAUUUUCCGCCGUCCAUUGCCAAUCCCUGGAACGAAAUCUAGCCGUACAACCCAAGACCCGCCAUAACUCAUCUUCUACCAGACAUCCGGCAAGAUCAUCUCUCUAUUUGAAUUCUCUGCCCUGGGAUUCCGGAACAAGGUCCAAUGGCUUCGAGAGCUUCGCAUGAAAUCAAAACCCUAGAUAUCCCUUCGUGAUUCAAAGGCUAUCUAUCUCGAUCGUGGCUGUUUGUGCGGAAAUUCGUGCUUUCUUGAAAGAAAUUCCAGCUUCGGAUUUCCGAUUCUUCGAAGAGCGGCAUAACUGAUUCAGAAAAUCUCAUUAUAAGGAAGAAAUGUUGGGUUUUUUCCAAAUCUUGCGACGCAUUUUUUACUCUGAAGAAGUCGAUGGCAAUGAAAGGAUCCGCCACCAUAACGAAGCUUUGGCUAGAAGCUCCUCACCACCCCGUUCUCAUCAGAGGAUUUCACAAGACACGUCGAACUACUGUAGCUCUGCUCCGAUUAUCAUGUCCCAGCCAGAAUCCAUCGAAAGGCCACGGGUGGCACCAUCUAAAGUCUUCUCUUCCUCUUCUCAAUCGAUUCAACUGAGGAAUUCAUCCGAUCCAACUAUCGAUAAAUUGAUCGGUGAAAGAGACUGCCGGACUCAGUCUCUGGUUAGCUCGGCUCGGGUGGGAUCUGAUAAAGAAUCACUGGCAAAGCAGCCUGGAGCAUCUUCGAAAUUGAUCACACCUUCCUCGCCUUCAUCCUUCAUGUCAGAUCCACCGAAAAAGCCACCAGGAUCACCCGCCAUGCCGGAUCCACCAAAAAAGCCAGCAGGAUUACCCCUUGGAGCAUCUUCGAAAUUGAUCACACCUUCCUCGCCUUCAUUCUUCAUGUCAGAUCCACCGAAAAAGCCACCAGGACCACCCGCAAUGCCGGAUCCACCACAAAAUCCAGCAGGAUUACCCCCCAUGCCGGAUCCACUGAAAAAGCUACCAGAGCAGAUGAGUACGCUUCCUAUCUAUGAGAUUCCUGAGCAUUUUAAAGAUCUGCUAGAGAAGGACAAGGUGCCUCCAUUUCUGAGGAAGCCGUUAUCUCCAUCGACUUACAAGGACUAUUUUGCUGCUUUGAUCUUUGCUGAGGACUACUACUAUGAGAAAUGGAAAGAUUUCUGCCUCGAUGGAGUCACUCUAAAGUUGCAUGAAGAGUCGACGUCUAACAAAUCACGGAAGAGCAACGAAAUAGUCUUCCGCAUAGAGGAGAGUGAUGAAAUUGAGAGUGUUCAGAAGGAAAAGAAGAUUUAUGUAGCCAUUGAGAUAGAUUCCAUUCCUGCGAAGCGACCCUAUCUUCUAUCAAGGGACUUUGUCUUUGUAAAACCUUCAGGCAAGAAUGUUACAGCCUUCAAGGGUAGUAUCUCACGGGUGGUGAACAGCAAGCAUGUGUUAGUGGAAUUUGGAGAUGAUUUUCAUAUGCAAUAUUCAUCGACGUGCGAGUAUGAUGUUGGCUUCUCCCUCAACAGGGUCUGCUUAAAGCGAUUCCACCAAGCAAUUGAAGCUGCUGUAGAUCCUUCAUUUGGGAACUUCCUCUUCCCCGAUCUUGUCCCCAGAAGCAGAUAUCUCAUCCCAACUCCCUUAAAUUUUACAUGCCUAGAUCUUGAUUUAGAACAGAAGUCAGCCAUAUACCAGAUACUAAAUUUCAGGGGUCCACCUUAUCUUGUCGUUAAGAAAUCAUGCUACAAAACUGGCAAAAGGCGUUGGUCGAGAACUGAAGAGGUUAUAUGUCGAGCAAUUCUCUACAUUUACAGGAGUUUUAAAGACAGCCGAAUUCUCGUAACUGCUCCUACAAAUAGCACCUGCGACUUGGUGAUGAUGAGCUUGCAGGGAGAGAUCUCAGAAGAGGAAAUGUUUCGAGCUAAUGCAGCCUUUCGAGAGAUUGAGGAUGUGCCAGAUUACAUCCUCCCUUCAACCUUAUACAAAGGGGAGUGCUUCACUUGUCCUCCGCUCAUCGAUCUUUGUGAAUUUAAGGUUAUCACAUCGACUUUUGUAAGUAGUUUCAGGCUUUGUAAAGCAGGGAUCAAUUCAGGCCAUUUCACUCAUAUCUUUAUGGUCAAUGCUUCUUCUGCCCCGGAGCCCGAAGUGAUGAUCACUCUUGCAAAUCUGGCUAAUGAGGCGACAGCUGUAGUCAUCACUGGUUCUUCUGAAGAUCACCCACCUUGGAUUCGUUCAGAUAUAGCUCGGAGAUAUGGAUUGAAAAGAUCAUAUUUGGAGAGGCUUCUACAGAGCGAGCCAUAUUCAAGCCGUGAUCCCAGGUUUGUUUCAUUUCUCUAAUGAUGCAUUGGCCGGAACUGGAACUUAUUAUUGAAGUUGAAUAAGUGCGGGGUAGGGAGGGAUUGAAGAUACAAUUCUAAUCAGAUGGGCUACCGUGAAGAUGUGCUGCCCCCAAAAUUCGGGUCAAUCCACUCAUAAGAUGGUUUAGGAAAUCGAUGACCACCAGUCAAUAUCAACCUGCAUGUGUUGCCCACCCAAUGUAUUUUCACUUGAAACAAUAGAACUUGUGUGCUCUGGCUAAUCAAGUUGUUGGUGUUGCUGCUGGGAUGAAAUGUAAAUUUAUAGAUAGAA